AUGGUCAAUCCCUCGAUUGUCAUUGUACCAGGUGCCUGGCACCGACCUGCACACUUCCAGGGUCUCAUUGAUGAGCUCGCAAAGGUCAACUAUGAUGCAGAGGGCGUGACCAUACCUUCCGUGGACUCCAGCCCGCCACUGCCUACCUGGGAGCAAGACGCGCAAGCUGUGCGACAAGCGAUUAUGAACAAACUGGAUGCCGAGAAGGAUGUCGUCGUCCUCGCACAUUCAUUCGGCGGCAUCGCCAUGUCAGAGGCAGCCAAGGGUCUCGGAAAGAAGGACCGAGAUGCACAGGGAUUGAAAGCCGGGAUUAUCAAGCUGGUCUACAUGUGCGCGAUAGCGUUACCAGAAGGCCAGUGCCAUGUCGGCCAAUUGGUCCCGCAGACGCCCGAGGAAGAAGAGAUCGAGCGUCAGCGCAAGAAGUUGGAGGAAAGGCUUGGUGGAUUACAUGUGUCAGCGGACGGAGCAAUCAGUCUGCCGAAGGACCGUGUCCACCUUGUCUUUUAUAACCGAUGCGACCAGAAGGAUAUCGAUAGGGCUGUGGGGUUGCUUGGCACGUUCCCCGUGGGCCCAUUGACCGUUCCUGUUACAUACACCGCGUACCGUGAGAUUCCCAACACAUACAUUGUCUGCAAAAACGACCAGGCAUUGGGGGAACCAUUCCAGCGAAAGAUGAUCGCGCAAGGCCAAGACUGUUUUGAGGUGGAGGAAUGUGAUGAGGGCUAUUCUCCGUUCAUGAGUAACCCAGGCUCCAUCGUCGAUUGCAUUCGGAGGGCAGCCGGAGAGAAGGUCUAG